ACAGCAUGGACGGAAAUUACGUAUAAGCCAAUGCUUUUGCAACUGGUUGCGCGUGUGUCCUCGCGAGUAUUCAUGGGUCCGGAGUUGUGUGCCAAUGAGGCGUGGCUUGGUAUCAGCAAAGAGUACGCAAUCGAGUCAUUCGUGGCCGCGCGGACCCUGCGGCAGUGGCAUUUUUUCCUGCGUCCAAUCGUCCACUGGUUCCUGCCCGAAUGUCGCAAGGUUCGUGCGACACUCGCCGAGGCACGGGUAAUAAUCAUGCCUGUCAUCGAGGAACGCCGGAAGACCAAUCGCCAGGCCCGCGAGGCGGGUCAAUCCACAUCCAAGAUGGCAUACACGAUCGGAUGGAUGGAUGACGCAGCCAAAGGCCGACCCUAUGACGUUGCGACGGCCCAG